AUGAAGCAUAUCCAGACACCGAGUCGGCGUCACAUCGUUGCGUCACAUGUUGUUACGGAGACGGAUCGGACGACGAGGUGGGGAAGCGCAGCAGUGGCAGAGCAGGGGACGGAUGAGAAAAUCCUGUUGGUUGACAGCUGGAUGAUGGGAAAGGUUGCGAUGCAGGCAAAGGGACAGGGGAGAAGCAAAUUGGAAAUACAAAAUGUAUUCAUGGGGAACGAGACAAACAUACCCGAGCGAAUAGCUUGGAGUCACCUCCGCCCUGUGAACUGGACAUGA